CUAGAAGUUAUUGUAGAUUUACUCACUAUGUGUAAAGUAAUUAAGAUUCAACAAUGAAAUAUAGUAAACAAAAUAAAUAUCUCUCUCUCUCUCUCUCAACUCUAAGUUUCCUACAUAAAGAGUUAGUUAGCUCCAAGCCAAAAUCACAUGACAAAUAAUAAGCAAACAACCAGAAGGAAAAAAAGGAAAGAAAGAGAAAGAAGAACAUGCAGAGAGCAUGCAUCUAUGAGAGUCAGCCAUGGCACCUCCAUGUUGUAUGCUUCAUAGGCUUUCUGUCUCUCCUUAGACUAUUCUUUCCUCUCCUGAAAUGGUUCAUCACAAGAUAUCUCCUCACAAACCCGAAGCGGCUCAAGAGUUACGGUUCGUGGGCUAUGGUUACUGGAGCCACCGAAGGGAUCGGACGCGCCUUUGCUCACGAGCUGGCCAAACACGGCCUUAACCUCAUCCUAGUCAGUAGAAACCCUUCGAAGCUUGAAUCUGUCUCUGAUGAUCUCCGACAAGAGUUUCCCCACAUCAAGAUCAAGAUCAUUCCAUUUGACUUCUCAUCUGGAGGAGAUUAUGGAGUAAUCGAGGAAGGGAUCAAAGGCGUUGAAGUUGGUAUUCUGAUAAACAACGUUGGGAUAACCUACCCAUCAGCUAUGUUCUUCCACGAGGUUGACCAACUCACGUGGACCAAAAUUCUGAGGGUUAAUCUUGAAGCAACCACAUGGGUCACACGAUUUCUCAUUGGACCAAUGCUUCACCGCCGCCGAGGAGCCAUCGUCAAUAUUAGCUCGGGUGCCGCCGUUGUUGUCCCUUCUCAUCCUCUCUACGCCAUCUACGCCGCCACCAAAGCUUAUGUUGAUGCAUUCUCAAGAUCUCUACAUGUGGAAUAUAAGCAGUUUGGUAUUGAUGUCCAAUGCCAGGUGCCGUUGUAUGUGGCAACGAGGAUGGUUUCAAAGGUUGCAGCUAUAGAUAAACCAAGCUUGUUUGUACCGUCGCCGGAAGUCUACGCAAAAGCGGCGGUGGAGCAGAUCGGAAUCGGAUCACGUUGCUCGCCGUUUUGGGCUCAUUCCCUUCAGUGGUUUCUUGCCGGACUUGUGCCGGAUAACCUCCUUGAUAAUUGGCGUCUCUCUAUCGGACUUAGUAGAAGAGGUUUAUCUUAAUUUUCUCACGAUCAUAUACUUUUUGCUCUUUGGUUCUGCAGUGAAGUAAUAAUGCUAACUUUUGCAUAAGAGCAUAUAAAUAUAUACAGCAAGGAUAAUUAAUAUGUAAGGCGCAUUGGACCAGAAAAAAAAACAUGAAUAUUCGAAAUAUAUAUACUUGAUAGGUAGUGAACAAGAAAACACAUGCAUAUAUUUGUAGUUUAUUAAAUUUCCUUUCCUUGUAGUU